AUUUUUAUCAGUCUCACCCCCUCAAUCGGUAAUACGACGAUCACAUAUAUCACAUAUAAAUUUUGGUUUCGAUUGGAGACAGUUAAGGCGUGUCUCACAGGGGACACAGUUUAGAUUCCUCUAUAGGGACUAAAAAAUUAAAAUUAAUUUUUUUUUGCAUCUAAUACCCAAAAUCGAGACUAUCAUACUCGAAGAUAUCUCAUAUAAAUUUUGGUCCCGAUUGGAGUUGUUUAAGAUGUGUUGCAAAGGGGUCAAAGGCCAGAAGCCUCUAUGGAGACUCAAAAAAUUGAAAAUAUUUUUUUCAUUUAAUACCCAAAAUCGAUACUACUAAAGUCGAAGAUAUCACAUAUAAAUUUUGGUCCUGACUGCAGUCGGUUAGGACGUUUUUAUUGGGUAGUCUGAAGUUUGACCCCUGUGCGAUACGGCUUAACCGACUCCAAACAGCGUCAAAACUUAUAUAUGAUAUCUUCGACUAUAGUAGCAUCGACGUAGGGGUUGAGGCUUACAAAGUCUGAUGUAAAAAUUUACAUCCUACAAUUAAGGACCACCCUAAUGUGCAUAUCCCUUUUCUUCUCAUUGGUUCAUAGACACUGAUACGAUGUAUUGUAUGUAUGUACAUUAUACCAGGGGUGCUCAAAAAAUGUAACGUACUGAACCAAACGAUAGCAACUUCAAUAUGAGUUACCACAGUUGUCGAAGUAACCUGUUGGCAGAUACAACCUACGAGGAGGAGUGGGCAAGCGCAAAGGAAUAUAACGAAAUACCUGGACCAACAAGUAUUGGAUUAAUGAUGGACUUUUUACCAGGCGGAGAACUUUAUGGCGCAAAUUUUUUGAAAUUGUUUGGAACAAUGCGCAAACGCUAUGGUGACCUGUUUGUGUUUCGCGGCUCUUUCGGUCGCGAAGAUUUAGUAUGCACUUAUAAUGUAAUUGAUUUCGAAAAAGUAUAUAGAACUGAAGGAGUUUGGCCUGUACGGGAUGGUGUAGGAAGCUUUAAACACUAUCGGAAGGUAGAGAAUCCAAAAGCAUAUGGUGGCAUAUUGGGAUUGGUGGCAGAGCAAGGUGAAGGUUGGUUCAAUAUACGCCAGAAGGUAAAUCCAAUCUUGAUGAAGGUACAAAAUAUGCGUGAAGCAUUGCCGGAAAUCGAUCGUAUUGCAAUGGAGUUGGUGGAAAAGUAUGUUAUGUGUUCUAUUUACGGGGCAAUUCUGGCUAAGAUAGUUGCAAGUCUUUUGUAAGAUAUUUAUCACCGGCACACAAAAAAUAAACAUGUAUUACGGCCCGCUGAAUCCGAAUCUGUAGUCCGUUUGACUGGCACACCCUCAAACUUUCGAGAAAAUUGC